GAGGACACUCAGUAAAAGGUUAAUCUGCACUUAGAAGAUAUGAGGAUUUUCUUUUACCUUACGUGCUUUCUUACUCUGACAUUGGCUUCAAGGCACUCUGCUUCAAAGCAUAUUUCUUCAAAGCAAAAUGCUUCAAAAGAAGAUAUUUCCUCCAAAAAAACACAUCCACACAAACACGGACAUAAUGAAGAAACACUUGCAGCAAAAGAAGUCGAAGAAGCAAACUUCCUUUUUUCUCUUGACAUGUACAAACACUUGUCUUCCAAAUCUGUCAGUUCCCCAGAAAAAAAUCUAUUUUAUUCCCCUUUGAGUAUUUCAUCUACUUUGGCUAUGUUAUCCCUGGGCGCUAAACAUCAAACACACUCACAAAUUCUAGAACUUUUAAAAUUAAAACAUGCAAAGAUUGAAGACAAAAUGAUACACAAAGCCUACGGAAAUCUUCUUCAUGUAUUGGAUCAACCGAAAAGUGAUCUCCAAUUUAAAUUUGGUAAUGCUAUAUUUGUAGCAUCCAAUUUAAAGAUGGUUAAGAGUUUUGUAAGUCAGGUCAAGCAAUAUUACCAGGCUGAGAUCAUGGCUACUAACUUUUCUAAUGGAAAUGCAGCAGAGAAAAAAGUGAAUGACUAUGUGAGAUAUAAAACUAAGGGAAAAAUAGAUAACAUAGUUGAACAUCUUGAUCCAUACACAGAAAUGGUCCUGGCAAAUUAUAUUCUUUUCAAAGGAAAAUGGACAGAUAAUUUCCAAUCUCAGCUGACACAUACUAGAUACUUUAUGUUGGACUCCCAUACUAAGGUUCAUGUUUCCAUGAUGAAUCGCAUAGGCCUCUACAAGACAUUCCGUGACCGGACACACCAAUGUCAAAUACUGCAGCUUCCAUAUAAAAACAAUGCAUUCAUGCUUCUUAUAAUCCCAGAGCUGGGACAAAUACAUACUAUAGAACAGAUUUUAUCCAAAGAGACAGUUACAAAAUGGAUAGAUUCAAUAGCGAGCAGCUUUGUGAACCUUUAUCUGCCUAAGUUUUCAAUAAGUGCCGUCCUUCAGAUUAAAAAGACUUUCAGUCAAAUGGGAAUGACAGAUAUCUUUAGCGAAAAGGCAGAUUUCUCUGGAAUUGCCACAAAAUUCAAUGUGAAAGUCUCCAAAGCUAUCCAUAAAGCUGUACUGAACAUUAAUGAAUAUGGAACGGAAGCUACAGGAGCUACAGCCAUCCCAGUGAUUCCUACUGCAUUAUUUCCAGCACUUAUGGUUGACAGACCAUUUAUCUUGAUGAUUUUCAAUGAAGAAACUAGGAGCAUACUCUUCAUGGGGAGAGUUAUGGAUCCAACACAGAAAUAACUAUCUCUACUGGAACUAAACGACAUGAUCGCAAAAGCAAUGAUUCUACUCUCUGCGUAAAAUGGAGUCAGAGUGAAUUUACUAUAUUAAAGCUUCUACACUAGUAAUUAUUGUAUAGGUAU